GUUCAGCGUGACAUAAUUUGGGAGAACAUAUAUGAGAGAGGGUCUUCUCCCCUUCUCUCACCCCCCCUCCCGGAGAAUUAAACUAUAAUAUUGCUGGACUGUAACAAUGUUGCUUGGGGCCUACGUUUUGUUUGUUUUUUUAAAAGGUCACUCGGCUCCUUCACUUCAGAAGGCACCAUAUCAUUUAACUGGAAUGCUUAAAUGUGGAUUUUAGUCUACUGUUGGUUUUAUCUCUCACAGUAGGUUAUAGAAGAAAGUUUCAGUUGUCUAUGUUGCCGGAUAGAAGUGUGGUUAACUGAUAAAGCCCUUACUAAUCUGUACUUUUCUUUCAAAAAAACAAUUACCACCGUCAGUGUUGUGCGUCAGAUUGCCUUGUAAUAUAAGAUAAGUGUCUGCGUAUGUUAGAAUGUUUAGUCUGUUUUAGAAUUCUGAUAAGUGUUGAUUCAGCAAUGUUCCCUUGAUUUCAUUCAGCAAUGUUCCCUUGAUUUCAGUAGAGCUUACUUCCAAGUAAGCAUUUUGACCUAAAACAUUUUCUGAGUAGUAAAUAAAAAGAAUUACUGUACUAUUACAGUACUACAUUGGAAUAUGAGAAUCAAUAGGAGUAGGUAGGUGGGACCAAUACAUACACCCACAAUACCUGAAUAUGGAAGAGAGCCCUCUGUGUACACAAGAGUACUGUUUUAUUGUAGAAAUUUAAAUAUCACAAUGUAAUAGGAAGCAUCCAUUAGGUUCAGAUAACAUGUGUGUGCAGGUUGGUCAUUCUGAGAACAUAAAAUGCCCUGCUGAAUCAGACUAAAGGCCUCUCUAAUUGAGUAUCCUGUUUCUCAGAGUGGCCAACCAGAGUGUUAGGGUUGUUCAAAUGGAGAGUACAUUAACUUUCAGUUUAAAGUUCACCUCAACAGGGGCAAUAACCUGUGGUUCCUUUACCAGGGAAUGUUGUGGAGAACUUAAUUUGCCAUUUCCUACCAUUCUGCAAUUUGUUUUUGUUUUGUUUGCUUAUGUUCAGUUUAGAGAACCAGGUUUCAUUUAGUUUUGUUCUCAGUUGCUAGUAGUUCGGUAACUGAGGGAAAAUUUGUCUGUUUGAUUUGGAAAAUCUGCAGGUUGAGAGUAAGUGCUGGAUGUGGGGAGGCGAAGUUCACAGAGUGUGUAUUAGGUUCGUAGAAAUUGCUUCCAAAAAACGGAUUUCUCUGAAUCAAGACAAAAUGAAUGGAUCAUCAUUGCUGCUGCGAUUUCCACUCUGUUUUCUUCAGAGAAGGUUUCCUAAUAGUUUUGACGGUUUCUGCUGGAGGCCCAGCCCUGGAUCUGCUUUUUCAUGUGUCCAACAGCUGAAUUCAUUACAACAGUGUUGUUCAAGGAGGAUGAUAUCUUCAAAGGGCUUGAACACUGGCCUCUGUUAUCCAGCAGUGUUGGAACAUCAGACACGAGAGCUCUCUGACCAGGAACAGAGACUUCUAGACAAAUUGUACAAUGGAUUAAUUCAAGGACACAGGGCCUGCCUGGCGGAAGCCAUUACUCUUGUAGAAUCCACACACAGCAGGAAGAAGGAGAUUGCGCAGGUGCUCCUUCAGAAGGUACUAUCCUACCACAGAGAACAAGAGCAGUUAAAUAAAGGAAAGCCACUAGCCUUUAGAGUGGGAUUGUCUGGACCUCCUGGUGCUGGGAAAUCAACAUUUAUUGAAUGCUUUGGGAAAAUGCUCACUGAAAGAGGACACAAAGUGUCUGUCUUGGCAGUGGACCCAUCUUCUAGCACCAGUGGUGGCUCACUCUUGGGCGAUAAGACGCGAAUGACCGAGUUGUCGAGAGAUAUGAAUGCUUACAUCAGGCCCUCUCCAACCAGAGGAACGCUAGGAGGUGUAACGCGAACCACAAAUGAAGCCAUUCUGCUGUGUGAAGGAGGAGGCUAUGACAUAGUUCUUGUAGAAACAGUAGGUGUGGGUCAGUCGGAGUUUGCUGUUGCUGAUAUGGUUGAUAUGUUUGUAUUGCUACUGCCACCAGCAGGAGGUGACGAGCUGCAGGGUAUCAAACGAGGUAUAAUUGAGAUGGCUGAUCUUGUUGCUGUAACCAAAGCUGACGGAGAUCUAGUUGUACCAGCACGGAGAAUUCAAGCAGAAUACGUCAGUGCUCUGAAAUUACUCCGUAAGCGCUCAAAGGUUUGGAGCCCAAAGGUAAUACGAAUCUCUGCCAAAACUGGAGAAGGCAUCUCUGACAUAUGGGAUAAGAUGACAGAAUUCCGAGACCUCAUGCUUACAAGCAGCGAGUUGAUGACCAAACGAAGGAGACAGCAAAAAGUGUGGAUGUGGAAUGUAAUCCAAGAAAGCAUGCUGGAUCAUUUCCGGAGUCACUUGGCAGUGAGAGAUCAGAUUCCACUUCUGGAAGAAAAGGUUGUCAGUGGAAUUCUCUCUCCAGGGCUGGCUGCAGACCUAUUGCUCAAAGCUUUUAAAGAAAGAUCUUAACAUUCACCUUUGUGCAUGACCUGAUUUUCACCAAUUACCUGUACAUUACAAACAGUUUCCUAAGGCAUAAAUUGUUCUACUUCAGUGAAUCUGCACACUUUUACCUGGUAACAAAAAUGUUCUGUAAAUGGAAGUCGAUCCUUUUUAUUUACAGCAUGUUUAAAGGUAUGCAGUUGUAAUGGUACGCAAGUGCUUUACUGUUAAUUCAAAUUUAUUUCUAAUCUGCAGGGGAUGCUAGAGAGAAUAUCAGCAGUGAGCACAGUCAUGUUUUGCCUCAGUUAUCAGCACUUGCCCAAUCAUCUUCAUUGGUCGAAACUUCCAACUGCUUGAACUUUAUUAAUUACAAUGUACCAUUAAAAGGGUAAGAGUGAAUUAGACAUUGGAUAAUUUUUAAUAAGUUUAAUUUAGAAGUCCUUAAUUCUGUUUAUACAGCAGCUCAGAGAUAAUAGGGAUUAAAAGAGGAUCGCAAAUCUUUGUGUGCAUAACAGGGACAUAAUGCUUUUUGCAAGCCAACUUAUUGUACAACCAUGUUAGUCCUUGAGUUUCACCCCAAGAUCUGUUACAGCAGCAUGAUGACGCAUAACUACCGUUGCACCAGUGUGUUGCAAACCCAUGAACCUCAAUUCCUUCAGCCCCAGAUGGCAUGCACAGGGUCCAUUUGUGUCAUGAGGGUGAACAUGUGGGUCUUCAUUCAUGCUUAGGUUGCAAUCCUAUACCUGUAUAUUUGAGAACGUGCCUCACUGAUAGCAAAGGUUGCUCCUGCGGAGUAAGCAUGCAUAAGAUCAGUCUACUUAUGCUGCAUACAUGCUGACCCUGAUUCUUCAGGCUAGUAUUACUCUUGUUCCUGCUGAUGUAUUUUAGUGCCAAGGACCAAGGCUUCAGUGCCUCAGAUUAGUUAUAAAAAAGGAGACUUAGUACAAAGACCAUGGAGAAGAACCUCAAACAAUGCAAACUAGUGAUGAGCUUCAACUGGGAUAAAAUAACAAGCUCUAAAGCACAUGAUUUUCCUGAUAGUUAACUGCUAGCUACUGCACUGCAUACAUAAAAACUCAUUUUUCUCCUUCAAGUUCAGGAGCUUGAACGAUCCAUUGUUUGGCUGUUAUAUUGUCAGUGUUGUUCUUAUAAGGAAGUUCCUCUCCCUCCACUCCCGGCUAUAUCUAAUCUACACUGGACCUUUCUAAAUCCAUUACUUCCUGUAACACAAGCUGGGGUAGCCUUUAAUACGUCUAGCCCUCCUGCGUAUUGCUUCCUUAUUUCUGUAGUGCUGCCACAUACACUCUCUUCCUUUCUAAUCCUUUGCUCGUGUUCUUUCACCUCCCAUCUUGCUUUGCGUGUUUAUUUUCAUUUUGUACUCUUGUUUUCCAUGCUGUACUAAAGUAAACAAGGCCAUUCUCAAAAAAACCCCAAAAACACAACCAUAUUAUUAAAUGUUUGGUUCGUU